GCCCUCAUCGUUUCAAACUCAUUAGGCGUGGCAUUAUCUUUGUUUACAAAAUCUCGGAAUGAAUCGAAAUAAAAUGAUACGUGUGCAUCAAUUGCGUGGCAAAAAGUAGCAAGAUAUCACGUCGGAUCGAAUGUAUUUCAAAGAAUAUCGACUGAUGCCACAUACAUAACAAGGAUCCACACCAAUUAAAUUAAUACUUCUGGAAGUUCUGGAGAACAGAAACUAAAGCCUAAAAGGAAUGCAAGCGGGAAAUAUUGGCAGCUCAAUUGAUCCUGAUUAAUCGUGGAUAUAUCCAGGUCUGCAGGUCUGAGACUUCUACGGAUGAAAGCAUCACCAAAACUAAAUAUUGCAUAGCUUGCUCUCUACAUUCUAAAAAAAAAAACCUUCAAGCAUGCAUUACGCAUACCUACAUUUCAUAAAAAGCAUUUACUAAACUUACACUUGGUGCUUCGCUGGCCACUAAUACCUCAGAGUCGGAGUAAACACAGAAAAAAAAAUAAAAGUGAAAUCAUGGAGGAUGACUUGAUUAAAGGGUUUGCUGACCUAGCAGAGAAAAAACUUCAUCAGGUACCGGAGUUGACACUUCUUAACCUGGUGUCAUGGGGUGCUUCGGCAGCAAUGAUCUUUGGAGGAAUUGUUCCAUUUAUUCCGCAAUACUUGGACAUCAGACGUUCAGAGAACACAGAGGGAUUUUCAACUCAUGUCUGCCUUGUGCUUCUUGUUGCCAACAUACUCAGGAUUUUGUUUUGGUUUGGUCAUCCUUUUGAGCUUCCACUUCUAGCACAGAGCAUCAUUAUGAUAUUUACUAUGAUGGUAGUAUUACAACUAUGUACUCGAGUAAAGUCCCUUCACAGUCUAUCUUCAACCAAGAGAUAUAUCACAGAUCUUGAUUGGCGUUACUUCUGGAAGUGGACUCGGUUUGUCGACUAUGUCCUCUUCAUGGCAUUAUUCUGUAUAUCAGGGGGUGUCGUGACGUACUUCCUGUCUUCCUUCAGCGUUUAUGUAGAGACGAUAGGUUUCCUGGCUGUAUUCACGGAAGCAAUGUUAGGAUCACCGCAAUUCUACCAUAAUUUUAGAAACAAGUCUACGCAGGGAAUGAGUGUCAAGAUGGUGAUGUUCUGGUUAUCUGGCGAUCUCUUCAAGACGGGAUAUUUCUUUGUGAACAGCGCCCCCAUCCAGUUCUGGAUAUGCGGUAUACUGCAAGUGUCUAUUGAUAUAGCUAUCCUGACGCAAGUCGUUUACUAUGGUGCUAGACCACCUAUCAAGCUGGCGAAAGUGUCUGCACCGGCAGAACAUAUAUCAUGAUCAAGAAUAUAUCCCUCUGUAUGACAACUUUAUAUGUUUGAUGAUGAUGUCACAAAAAACGUUGCAUGGGGGAGAACCAGUGUUAAGAGAGUGUGCUUUGCUGUGUUUGUUUUAUAUGGAGAUUGGCUACUCUCUAAUGUUGGGAGAAAAAAAAUGUAGAGAAAAGACUUAUUUGAACAAAGUAUAGAGCAAUUUCACAUUUCUAAAUUGUAUUAAUUAAACAGUAUACUGGUAGACGUCUUCUGAGGGUGAGAAGAUUUUGAAAUUUGAAAUACAGGGCACCCUCAAUGGAGUGUCAUGUGCAAUAAAGGUUGAACUGUCAACGUUGUUUGUGCCAAAGUUAAGCACAUCUCUCUGAUGGUUUGAUUUUUACCCCUGAAUGUCAGAAUGAUGUAGAUAUUGAAAAAGUGGUCUGAAAUUUUGAGUCCUACUACCACCACCACCACCAUCAGUAUUCAUUGAUACUAGAUGAUAUAGCCAGAGUAUUAUGGCAUGUGGCAAGUCAUUAAAUCAUUCAAUCCCAUCUCUUGAAAACAAAAUUUCAAUUCUUGAUAUCACGAAAUAAAAAUCAAAAUUCUUCAUAAUGAGAAUUCAUAUUGGGUUGUGAACAUAUGGGAAUUACUUGUCAUGAGAAUACAUUUCCUGAUAAUAGAUGGGUACACUGCUUGCGAGUGUGGGGAGGAUCGGACGAUGCUACACCUUCUGAUCUGCCCCCUCUUACCAGAUCCGUGCACUGCCGAAGAUCUGGGCCCCGUCUUACAAAGAGUUACAAUUGAUCCAGUCAAUCGUAACUCUAUGGAAAUCCAUCAGUGUCAUAAUUUUUUCUACAGGACACUUGCACAAUGCCCUUUGUAAACAAAGAGAAGCACAGUGAAUUUUCAAGAAAACAAUGAACGCAUGAAUAUACAUCAUAGUUAGAAAAUAUUUUAAACAAACAUGCAAAAUAGAUGUUGACGUUGCUGGCCCUCCAUAGUUGCGAUUGAUUGGAUCAAUCGCGUCUCUUUGUAAGACGGGGCCCUGGAGUCCUUUAAACUCAAAGCCAGAUCUUGUACCCUCCACUGGACAGGUCUUGUGUAGUGACCCCAGAAGAAGAAGAUAAUUUUUAGAGAUAUAGUGUAUUAAAUGAUAAAAACGGCUUGCCGUACGUUUGCCAGCAUACGCUGGCUAAUCCGUUCAGGUGUAACAGCCACUCUAGGAAUGGUUAAGUGUGAGUUCAAUUAGCAGUCAAUAGAAUUAUAUUAGGCCAGUAUUCUGAGUCUAGUUUUAUACAGACCAAGGUCUAACUGGGCUAAAAUUAUGGGAAGCCGAAAAUGUCAAUAUUCUGUGUAUAUUGUAUGUUUCUCAUGCUUACGUUGUUCUUUUUUCAUGCUUCGAUAAUGAAAAAAACUAUUUUAGUCAUUAUUCCCAGACAGUUAGGGAUGAUUUGGGUGUCAAAUGUGCUGAAAAUUGAACCUGCAGCCUGUUGCAUAAAACUUUUUACCUGAGAUAACUCCGGUGAAAACUAAGGUUAGUCUGAUUUCUGCCAUUGACUUUAACACAGGGCAAAAACUGAGGUAAAAGAUACCUGAGUUUUCUCAGGUAAAAAGUGUGAUGCAACAGGCCCCUAGACUUUCACAGGUUUGGGUCACUUUUGGCUUUCCAUAGUUAAACCACAACUUCAGACCAGAGAUUAAAUUAAACCUGAUUUCAGAAUAUAAGCCUAUGUGUUCAAUACGAUCAGGCUUUUGAUUGGGAUUACUCAAGGGAAAAUUCAGUAGAUGAGUUAAUCUGAUCAGCCAUGGGAACCAGACGUCCAGCUUCUUGAAACAUUUUAAUGACUGCUCAACUGUAUUAUGUCAUUUUUCUAUUUUCAUGGCGAUAACACAUAGGACCCAUUUCAUAAAGACUUGUUAUAUACCGUGCGUCCCACAAAAAGGAAACCUGUGUUCAGAGAUAAAUUUCAAAAUUAUCAAACAUGUUUUUACUAUGAAUUUGAUACUUAUGUUAGGAGUAGAAUCUCAUCUUUAUUUUGAGACUAACAGCUUAGCAAAUCAUUUACACACGACAGAUUACAAACAAUAAAUAUUGAGGCCUGUCAGAAACGAUUUGUGCAGAAACUCACGAAAGAAUCUGAAACGACUCUCAUUUCAGGGAUCAGUGAGAGAAAUGUAACAAAGAAUAUGAAAGAAAUGCUAAUGAGUCAAUUGUUGAAUAGGCACGGUAGUCGUAUGACGAAUCAAUCUUGUCGAAGUUUUCUGCGCAACUUGACUUUGACACUAAAAUUUCAAACUUGUCUUGUUCAUUAAUGCGUGAAGUGUUUGUCACAUAUUAGGUAUCAAAAUAUAGAGGAAUAAUUGAAUUGUAUGAUGAUAUAAAUGGAAUAUCAUAAUUAAUUUGCCUUUGAAGAAAAAAGAAGUGGGAAUCAUGAUUUCAUUUUUUCUGGGACGCACUGUACAUGUAAUAAGUGUAAUUUCUAUAACUAGUUUUCUAGUAUUAACCAAUUGAAUUGAAUCAUCUCAGUAACAGCUUUUAACUGUUAUUGAAAAGUUGUUAUUAUAACAAGUUUUAUGAAACAGGCCCCAGAUCCAGUCAUCUGAUGACUGAUUCACAGUGAAACUCAAAUUAAUUGAAUAAAUAAUGGCAAAAAAUGUAUAUAUUGGGUAGAAAAUAGCAAUAGUAGAUGCAAUAUAUUUAAAGGCUUUGUAGAUUAGAACAUUAAAUUCUGUAGAAAUGCAAACUUAAUUACAAAAUCAGUACUUAACAGUAAGAUGUGUACAUGUACAUCAGAUUGACAUAAAAACUAUAUGACGAUGGGAAAUUGCUUUUAACACCAUGCACUGAAUUUGACAAUAAUUAUAUCUUAGAUUCAUAAACAAAUAUCUCAGAUUUUUUAAAGAACUAAUGUGUUGUAAUAAGGAAGUAUUUGCAAUCAAUUGAAAAUUUUCUGUUUGAAUUUUUCAAUUGAUCGCUUGUGAUUAAUUGGAAGACAUGAUUGAUUUGGGAUCCUGAAAUAGAUUUACAAUCGAUUGUAAAUUUCCUGUUGCAAUUUUACAAUUAAUCAACUGCAAUUAACUUGGAAUACACGGUGAUAAACCUGGGAACCCUAAGUAGAUUUGCAAUUGAUCAUAGUUUCUUGCAACAAAAUGGACUUAUGACCACCUUUUGUAAUGGGUCCUCGGUGUUACACUUAAACUGUACAUAUGCAGCUUUGUAUGAAUUUCAGGAUUUCUGGAUCAAUUUGCAGGGUCAUUGCUAUGUCAGUAAAGCCUUACUAAAGGAUUACUAGUAUUGAGUCUAUGAUAAAAAAAUGCUGCUGGUAGUAGUUAGGAUAUAUUUAUUUUUUUAUAUAGUGUAUGUGUGAUGUAAAAAUAGAAAUCAAUGUAAUGUGGAACAUUUCCUGGAAAUGUAUUUUUCUGUAACUUGCAAACCUUUGAUUUUGAUUAAUUGAUUACGUGCCUUUCUCUUUUAUGCCAGAAAUGUUGUCAAACAGUUUAAACUGUUUUUGGUUCUUCUGAAUGUUCACCAAUCACCCAUAGAUCCCCCCCCCCAAAAAAAAGAGGAUAAAUUGCUGUUUGUUCAGAUAUGGCUUUAGAGCUAAUAAGAUAGAUGUCACGAAAGUAGGAAACACUUUUUUUAGUCUCGGGACUUCAAAAAUCAGUGGACCAAUCAAAUUUGUUCUAACAGUAGUUUUAUCAAAUGGUACAAGAACGAACCUGUGACAUAAAAAAAAAGUUUAACCUUGGAUUUUCAGACAAAGAGAUCUUUCACUUGAGCAUCAGCAUGUUAAAUGUGCUCAUGAAAAAAUCAAGAUGAACGUUCACUUCCUUGAAGUUCCUCCUCUACUUUCGCGAUAUUCCUCAAACCAUCAGCUAUUAGAAUGAAAUUCUUUGAAGUUUCUUUUGACAUUUUUUAACUUUUUAAAAUUUGUUUUGUCCUGGUGCAAAAUAACACUUCGGACUAAUGGGCUAUGUAUUUUAAAAUGAAAUCAAAUUGCCAACAGGUUAAACAGAAAAAUUACAUUUUUCAGUCUUUGGGGCAUCAAAAAGGACCUUCAUUUGCCCUUGUGGCAGUAGAGACCACAAGUUUUUUUUUUUUUUUUUUUUUUUUUGGGGGGGGGCAUAGGUUCCUUUAAUGUGUCUUUGUUCAAUUUGUCUCAUUGAUAAUGUAACCCAUGAGUUCAGAUAGUCACUAGUGUAGUAAUCCACCAAUACAUGCAGUUUGAAUAUUGCAUUUCAUGAUUUUGAACAGUUUAUCAUAAUAUUUUUGAUACAUUUUUAUGUUGUGUGCCUAAUGAUUUACUUUUAUAUUUGUAUUUAAUUGCUUAUAUUAAUUUACUAGUUUAUUCAUAUGUAUUCUUAAAGUGAAACACAUUAUUUUUUUUAUGUAUAUAUUCUUAAAUGAAAGCAAAUUCAACAAGUCUGUUGUAUGCUAGAAUAUUUUCAUAUGUGGUUAUUGCAAAACUGAGCGAUCGAUUGUAAAGUUGAUUUGAAUGUUUGAUUGCACAUGAUGAGCAAUGCAGUCAAGCAUAAAAAUCAGCCCUACGAUCAACCACUAAGGCGUUGUGAUACUUGGACCAGGUGUUGCAAGUCAUAUAAUAUAUAAGACUCAACCCCAUCAUCCCGAGUUUGCAAAUUAUCCCACUAUUUCUGGGCCCCAUCUUACAAAGAGUUACAAAUUGAAUCAAUCGCAACUAUGGAAAUCCAUCAGUGUUAUAAUUUCUUCUACAGGAAAUUAGCAAAAUGUCCUUUGUAAACAAAGGCGAACUCACUGCAUUGUCAAGAAAACGAUUAAUUUCUGAAUAUACACAUCAUAUCUGGAAAACAUUUUGAAAUAACAUACAUUUUAGAUGUUAAUGUUGCUGGCCAUCCAUAGUUGUGGUUGAUCGGACUAAUCACAACUCUUUGUAAGAUGGGGCCCUGAUCUGUAAGGGCCCUUUAACAUGAAGCUUAGUGAUUGAUUGCAGGACUGAUUUCUAUGAUUGAUAGCAUUAAUGAUAGUGUAUGAUCAACUCUAAAUAUCAGCCAUACGAUCAAUCGCUAAGCUUUUUUAUGGGGCUUGGAAUAUCAAGAUUAUAUUUUUAUUGCAGGUGUUAUUAGCUGGAUAUUUACAAAUUACAAUCCUGAGAGGGCUAAGGAUUUUGGUCUGAAAUAGCACAGUAUUUGAUGAAUUAUCCAGUCCCUUUGUAAAAGAAGAUGCACUGGGCUAUUGGCUCAGGUAUCCAUUGCAGAAAGAGUUAUGAUCAAACACAACUCCAAAAAUCAAAUGCAACUUUAUUUUCAACCAAUGAAACAUGCGUAAGGCAAUUGCGCUUGGUUUUUUUGUUGCGUUUUAACUGGCCCCUGGGUAAUCAUUCAUAUUACAAUACUCUCUACUCAAAUGAUAAGAUCAAAGCGAUGGGAUAACUUAGAUCUGGAGAUUGAUGGAAAAAGGGAGUGGAUUGCUUGGUUAGAAUCUUAAGAUUGAAAACAAUCUUAGCUCUGUUGCACUUAUCAUUUUACCCUGUAAAAAAAGCUGUGGUAACUGCAGAUGACACAGUCUCUCACUCGAUAAACACUUAAAUUUAAUAUGCUUGCUGUAUCACAAGUGUAUUGUGACGAUGUAUGUGUGAAAAUAUAAUUAAAAUAGAUCCAAUAUGGAUCAUCCAAUGCAA